CAUAUACUCGUAAAGCUGCACAAAUUGUAGAAAAUUGGCUUUGUUCUUUCAAGAUGAUUACAGAAGCCAUUUCAUAUAACCCUAAUGAGCCACAAAUCUUGCCAAUAUAUGGUGAUUCUCAAGAUCAAGACAACAUGGUUGAAACAAAUUCAGACACACACACAAGCUCUUUCCUUGACAACCUGACCAUCCUUAAGGAAAAGGUUCAUCAAGUACAAUCAUUGGCUAGCAUCUUCUUGUUAUUACCACAUCACGUCCAGCCACCGGAGUCGACCCUAGUCGGGAUCCCAACCAUGGUUACCCUAAUUCAAGAAAUUGUAGUCACUGCAUCAUCUAUGAUGUUCACAUGCCAGCAGAUGGCCAUCCGGACACCCCUCAGUCAAGUUAAUAGCGAUGAAUUGCAUCCGGGACAACCCAAGUCAACCGAUGGUCCGUUGACUCAAUCGGACCUAGAAGGGCAGGAUUUCUAUUCCAAUGAAACAUUUGAUUGGUAUUGUGCAAACUAUGAGAAUCCUAUUCCAUCUGCUAAGAAUGAAGUUUGUAAAGAGGAAUUGCUUUCGACGACGGAGAAUUAUGAUAUCGUCGAAUUGGACGCUGCACAUUUAUUAGCAAAAUAUACACAUUAUUGUCAAGUUUGUGGCAAAGGGUUUAAAAGGGAUGCAAAUUUGAGGAUGCACAUGAGGGCUCAUGGGGAUGCAUACAAGUCUAAGGAUGCUUUGUGCAAUCCCAUAAAACAUAAUGGGAAUUCGAGUCGGGUUGAUGACAUUUUGCCGAGAAAAUAUUCGUGUCCUCAAGAAGGUUGCAGAUGGAACAAGAACCACGAGAAGUUUCAACCAUUGAAAUCCAUGAUUUGUGUGAAGAAUCACUACAAGAGGAGCCAUUGUCCUAAAAUGUAUGUGUGCAAACGCUGCAACACGAAACAGUUUUCGAUUCUAUCUGAUCUGCGCACACAUGAGAAACAUUGUGGCGACCUUAAAUGGCAAUGCUCAUGUGGUACAACAUUUUCUAGGAAAGAUAAGCUAAUGGGCCAUAUUUCCUUGUUUGUUGGGCACUCUCCCGUAAUAAAUACGUAGACUACGGGGAAUGACUGAAGGUGUAAAGCAAUCCAGGAUGAAAAUGACCAUGUCAUGCUGGAUGGGCAGCUCGACCAAGUUUACAUUUCUAAGAAUGGAGCUCAAAGUGCAAUUAGAUGACAUGUAAAUUACUGGAAGAGUCAUGUUAGUAUAAUGCCACUGUUGUCCCUGUAAUGUUGUGCAUGCUACUAUAUUAUUGACUUAUAAUGCCUUUGUAUUUUGACUUUGCAAUCACAUCCAGAUAGUUCAAUUGUUUCUUGAACAUGUAAUUAAAAUGUAUGUGACAUCUUAUGUUUCAAAGUGAUAUUUUCCCGUUUAUUUUA